GUCUAAACCCCUAAACCCUAAACCCCAAACCCCAUCUUUCUUAUCUCUUUUGUCUAAAUCCCAAACUCCAAACCCCAUUAAUAAUUUUCAAAUCUUCAAAAGAUUAUAUUUUUAAAUCUUCAAAAGAUUAUAUUUUCAAUCUUCAAAUGAUUAUAUUUUCAAAUCUUCAAAAGAUUAUAUUUUUAAAUCUUCAAAAGAUUAUAUUUUCAAAUCUUCAAAUGAUUAUAUUUAAAUAAAUAAUUUGAUUUUGUAUAAGUUUAAAUUAGGAAGAAGAGAUUGAUAUUAGAAGUUAAAGAAUUGUGGUUAUAAAUUUUGAGGUUUGAUAUGUUAUGAAUAUAUGAAGUAGAAUAUAAGAAAGAUGGGGUUUAAGGUUUGGGGUUUAGAGUUUAGAGGUUUAGAAAAUAACCUCGUUAAUAACUCGUAACUUACGAAGCAUUUACGAGGAACAGAAAGACGGGCCUCGAAAUUUCAUCGUUUUGUUUGGGACGGGCCUCGCAAUUUCCUCGUAAUGUUACGAGGGUUUUACGAGUAACAAAAAGACGGGCCUCGCUAAUUUAUCGUUUAAUUUGGGACGGGCCUCGCAAUUUCCUCGUAAGCUUACGAGGUUUUUACGAGAAAGAGGAACACGGGCCUCUUUAAUUCCUCGUAAACUUACGAGGAAAUUGCGAGACCUCCGUAACUUAUAUAUACAACCUCACAAACCUCACACUGUCCAUUCCUCCCAACUUCCUCUCCACUUCCUCCCCAUUUCGUCUCUAACUCCUUUCCCAUUCCUCUCUCCUCCGAAAAUGGUUCGCCAGCGCAUGCUUACUGCUCACUACAGGGAGAUAUUCGGUGAGCCUGGUAGUCAGUUAGACCCGCCAGGUUCUUCUUCAGGUGCCGGCGGUUCAGGUUCUUCAGAUCAGGAGUCUGUUCCCGAGACUCAGCAUUUCUUCCCUCCGAUUCCUCCUCCGAUGGCUCAGCCUCAGCCGAUGGCUCAGCCGAUGGCUCAGCCGAUGGCUCAGCCGAUGGCUCAACCGAUGGUUCCUCCGAUGGCUCCUCCGGUGCCUCCUCCGAUGGCUCCUCCUGAGAUCCCCGCCGCUGUUCAUCCCGAUCUCAUGGUGCCACCUACUGUUCCGUUCUCGCAGUACACUGUCGAGGAUAUUCUUGGUAUGCCAGGCAGAGCUGGUUUACCAAUCAUAGACCCCGACAGACCCGACGGGACUUUAUGGUUUGGGGUUGACAAUUCCCUUGCGACAGAUGUAACCGAGACGAUUAAAGGUUACUUCUCCAUGGCGCAUCCAAACUGGAAAUUGACGCCGAUCUACAUCCGAAAGACGUGGUUCAAGAUUUACGCUCAAAAGUAUCAUUGGUCCAUCGGGGUCAGUGAGAGAGUGAGGAAGGCGUUUUACGAAAAGGCGCAAGUUCGCUUGUCGGACACGGUUUGCAACUGGAAGGGUGCCUGGAUCGUCAAGGGGUACACCCGUGGCAAACCCGCUGAGCUUACCACGGAUGUUUGGGACGGCCUCAUCCGUUACUGGAAGGAUCCUAACUCCAUUAGGAUCGCAAACAUUUGUGCUGCCGCCCGUAACACGGUAGACGAGCACGGUAACGGCCCGAUGCUACACUCUACGGGCCAAAAACCACAUGCCGGUGUCCGUUUGAAAAUGGCCAAAGAGUUGGGACGUCUCCCGACUCUUCCGGAACUUUACGAGCGGACCCACAAAAACAAGGCGGGCCAGUUUUUAGAUGGCAAGUCCGAGCAAAUCUACAACAACGUAAUUGCUCGGGUUGAGGAGCGCCAGACUCAGCUGACCCAGCAGUCCGGCGACGGAUUACCAGUUACCUUAUCCACAACUGAAGUGGAUAAGAUUUACGAGGAGGUUGUCCCUAAGAAAAAGGGACGUACGUUGGGGAUCGGUUCCGUCAAUGAUGUCCCGAGAGCGACAUCAUCUUAUGCUCAGAGACAGACCGAAGAAGUCACUCAGUUGCGUUCCGAGCUGGGCGCGACCAAAAGCCGUGUGAGUGGACUCGAAGCCUUCAUCGACGUUAUAGCGUCCACAAAUCCGGAAUGGGAAGCUUUGUUGAGGAACAUGAAACAACAAAAUCCCAUUCCAGGCGAGUCAUCGGGCACACAUAACGAGGAGGAUGUUACGAGGAGGAGCGAGGAAUUCUACGAGGCGAUGAACGAGCCUUAGUUUUUUUAGUUUUUUUUCGGUUUAUGUAUUAUAAAAUCCAAAACUUAAUUAUAUAUAAAAUAUUUUGUUGCUUGUGAA